UGCCGUGCCUUCUUCUUUUCAUGAAUACCAAAGAACUGGUUUCUCCUCUCUGAAUAGACAUGCAAACCAGACAGGCGCACACACAUACUCAAAUUGUCUCCGCCUGACUCAUGCACACACGUUAGAAUAACACCCCACCCCAGUGCGCUCCGCUGCCAGCUGUUUCUGGUCAGGCAGUCGGGCCUGCAGUGAAGAGGAAGAGCAGGCAGGCCUGGAGUCAUGGAGCGGCAGCUGGAGCUCGCUGCCCUCGGUCUGGCCUUCGGGGGAUGGAUUUGUGCCGUCCUGACACGCUGCCUGGCCCUAUGGAAGGUGAGUGGGACCCUGGACAACACCACAGCCAGUCUGCCUGCCUACUGGGACGGGGUGUGGCUGGAAUGGGAUCACUGGGACUUGGCCCACGAUGGCAGCCUGCACUGCUCCUUCUACCAAUCUCUCAUGUCCCUCUCUGGAAGCUUCCGGACGUGGAGGGCCCUCAUCAUGGCGGCCAUCGGAGCUGGUCUUUUCGCUGUGGUGAUUAGUGCAGUGGGGGCAGUGUGGUUCCCGAGGCGAGGCCAGGUCAAAGUGUUUUCUGGCAGUCUCUUUGUUUUGUCUGGGAUCCUGCUGCUGGUUCCCACAGCCUGGACGUGCCACCACAGCAGUCAGCCACUGGAGGGCGCUGAGCUGCUGAGAAGAGACUGGGGACCCGCACUGUACCUUGGAUGGAUCUCCAUUGCUCUGAUGCUGGUCGGGGGGGUGUUCCUCACCACCAGGUGCCCCACAAGUGAGAGGCAGGCACAGCCGCCCAUAGAGAGCAGGUACCCAAACGUAGAGGAGGAGGGAACUCACCCGCUGAGCAGGAUCAACAGAACUACGUUCACACACAGCCAGUAUGAACGCAGGUCAGAACCGAUCUGAGGAGAAUGUGUGAGGGAUUCAAAUGGAUCAUCGCUCAUCUGUCAACUGGCUGUGGAUCGAUUUAACAGCAGAAGAAAAACUCUGGCUGCACAUGUUGAGUAAUGAUACACUGGUUUAACUAUGUGCAUGAAUUCAACAUUAGAAAGCAGAAGCAUAGUAAUGUGUCAUUUCACCAGGUUUAUUUACAGAGGACCGCGGUAAACAACAGUUUAUCAUUAUGGAGGUGUAAGUUGUUACUUUAAAUCUUAUUGAAGCUAACACACUGAACAAUCUGCUGAUCCCAACGUUACAUACUGUACCUGUAUUGCACUAUAUUAGAGUAAUGCAGUUUGGUAUUUGUUUGGUUUGUUGAGUGGAAAAAUGUUUUAACCCGAGUUAAGUUCCUCUGCACAAAAGGACCCUGUGCAAUAAAGCACUGAAAAGGA